CCAAGAAUCGAACAGUCCCGAAGACGAUCUGGUGGAAUUCCGUGUCCUCUGCGCCUUUCUGUCCAUCCGUUUUUUUGUUCUGUUCGUUCCCCUUGCCAUUUAGUGCCCUUUCCAUCUUCGCCAGCGGCCCGAGGUGUUUCUUUUUGUUUCCUCGUUCAUCGUAGCGCCGAACAGUCAAUGGGUAACGUAGGCAGCAAUCUACCUCGGGAGCGCCAUAAAUCUGGAUCGAAUGAUCCGAUUCCGGGAUCCCCGAUGAAGGACGAUCAGGCGUUUGUUUUCGACCGCAGACCACAGCACCACCACGCCGGGUACCCGUACGUUCGCAACGACGAGGAAAUGGAUUACUCCCGAUCGGUGCCAGAGCCGGAAUUUGCACGCGAACCGCGCCAACGUUCCAACACGAUGUCCGAAGGAACGACGCCUUCGGAGGUGCCCGGUAUCGUCGGCCCCGAAUCGGACGGCCAAAAGGAAACACUUCCGACGGUGUUCAAGUGGGACGGCGGAGGUAAACAGGUGUACAUCAGUGGUACGUUCUCCAAGUGGAAGGCUCUGCCGAUGGUCAAGUCCCAUGGUGACUUUGUUACGAUCAUUAACAUACCGGAGGGUGACCAUCAGUACAAGUUCCUCGUCGAUGGCGAAUGGAAGCACGAUCCCAAGCUGAAAAAUGUCGAAAACGAUACUGGCAUCAAAAACAACCUGGUGACCGUGCGUCAGUCCGACUUUGAAGUAUUCCAAGCGCUAGCCAAAGAUAGUGAAGAUACCGGCAAGGAUGAGUCGAAAGAGUGGGGCCAAGAUAUUCCCACCAGCAAACCAUGGGGCAAGGAAUCGGGACCGCCCGUGCUUCCACCACAUCUGCUGCAGGUCAUUCUCAACAAGGACACUCCACUGUCGUGUGAACCGACGCUGCUUCCGGAACCGAAUCACGUCAUGCUGAAUCAUCUGUACGCACUGUCGAUCAAGGACGGGGUGAUGGUUUUGAGCGCCACGCACCGGUAUAGGAAAAAAUACGUCACCACACUGCUUUACAAACCGAUCUAAGAGGACGACACUUUUCGAGGCAGCCUUUCGGACCACACGUCGUCUGCCGCACCAGUGCACACCCUAGAUAGAGAGCUGGGAACCAAGGAAAAUGUAACAAAAUAAGAUAACCAUUCGGGGUCCACAACGGUUCGUUGAUCAAAAAAGCUAGCGAAAGGGCUGUUCUUCAAUCUCCGCCAUAUUACGAUUUUCUGCGGACCGUUCAGGCAUGAUCCUCCUCGGGGGCCGCUUGAGCUACGGUUUUCUUCGAUGCUAACAGCUCCUGCGAGUGACGUAAUUGAUACGCGAAAAUUAGAUGGGAUACGUGCCACGCCAUGAAUUCGAAACCGGAUCGUUGAUUAACGCGUAACGCGAUACGGAGGUGGCCAAUUUAUACGAUAGUUAAAUCAAACAACACAACAAAAAAAGGCUCGCAAUGGCUAGAGAUUACCUCCAGAAACGCGGGACAAGAAUUGGAUAGUUCUGGGCACCAGUAGGGCACUUACCCAAGGCAGAAUUCGCACCUUUUCCCUUUCCUAUGCCACAAACGGCGAGUACGUCGUGUAAAUAUUUUAUUGCUAAACAAAUGACGCCCAGCGGCGCACAAUAAACGUUUUCCAACAAGCUUUCACUUCGAAACA